AAUGUGGGCAACAGAAACCCACAGUGCCCUACAGAUCGAUCAGACGUAAACAAAGGCGCUAAUCUAACUUAAAUCGUUUCGUAUCAUAGUUGCUCAGUUACGUUUUUACCAGCAGUAAAAAUGCAGGCUGGUAAAAAGGGUUCGGCUAAAAAGUCGAGGACCACCCCUGGGACUCCGGCUGGAAACAAGACCUUUGAGGCGGAGCUCAUCAAAGCUCAGUUCCACGAGGACUCGUGGCAGGCCUGCGUGUCUCUGCUAGUCGGGAGGAGUCCAGAGGAAGAGAAGCAGCUCAUCAGCCUCCUGGCUAGAGCCGUGCUCAAGCCACAACGGAAACUUUUCACCAUUUUGUCCCGGGACAACGUUCUCCUGAAGAUUUGUGAACCGGGAAAUCCUAGAGCAAAGAAAUCCGAUCAUCUUCCCAUGUUCUACAAGAUCACUGAGGCUGCUAAAGCGUUGCUGGAUGCAGGAGAGGAGAUUCCUUGUAACCUGAUGACCGAAGUACUGAAGUUCAUGCUGCUGCAGAUCAAAGCCAGCGACAAGCACAGGAGAGGGAGAGCAGAUGAUGAACCAGACGCUGGUCCUCACCACUACAUACUCUUGGUGGGCUUCUACCAGCCACGGCUGAUUCCUCUGCUCGAUGAGGAUGGUGUACACGUAGCAAACAUCUUCCAGCUGUGCCCAGAGCAGGCUCAGACCCGUGCAGAGGAGCAAGGUCACCGCUCUGAGGAGAACCGGCCGAGCACAAGAGCUCCUCAAGUUCUGGAAGCAGAGAUGACUCUAAAGGUGAAGCGGUUCUGGUCAGGUCUAAGAGCAGCUUUAGACAGCGGGCCACCAGACUCCAGGCUCCAUGAUGUGGUUCAGCUCAGCUGUACUGUCCCAGAUCUCACAUCCUCUCUUCAAACACACGACUCUGAUGCAGUGUUGAGCCUGGGAAGCAGAGUCUUUGGAGGCGUGGCUAAUCUCAUCUACGACUGUCUGGACUGGCGUAGACAGUAUCAGCAUUACAGGGACGAUGUCAAGCUUCUGAGUGUCCCCUGUGUUGGACGGGACUCCCAGCCUGAACAGUUCAUUAAAACCACUCAUCAGGCCUCGUUAGAGUCGACCGUUCUGCCGACCCAACGCACCAAGAAGAUGAACAGGGAACCAGCCCCACCAGAACCUGAGAGCAAGCUGCCUCCUCUCUGUGUGGACAGGCGUUACUAUAGCAACCUACUGGACCAGGUUCCCCCUGAAGCCUGCUUUGUACCCUUUAUCAUGAACUGUAUGCUGGAGCAGGUGGUCCUCACUUUGUCCCAAACACCAGAGGAACCCAAACCGGUCAGCGGUGGCCCCUGGUUGGACCCCCAGCAUGCUAGCUGCAUGCAGGAGAACUUCCUGCCUCUUCUACACACCGAAGACGAGAGGAACCAGCAUUUAACCGACGUCCUGACUUCAGCACAGAAGGAAGAAGACAUGAAGAAUGACCCACUGGAUCCCAGUCCUAAAGCAGAGCUCAAGUAGGUAUGCUUCAUAGCAAAGCCAGAGGACACCGCCAGCCCAGCAGUUGGUCUCUGUUAGGUGGAGUCUGCUGCUCUCACAUCAGCAUAACAGAAAGAAGCUGACCCACUGAGGGCAACAUUGAGGUUUUCUCAACCGUGUUUAUUAAAUGAG